UCCUUGAGCAAGGACUUGUCUGCUGUUGGAAGAUGUGUAAGGAACAAAGUUCCUCUGGAUGUGUGUCGGGCUGUGAAUAAGUCACGGUGUUCCUACUCCACCUUCUGACUUCUAAAGGGAUCAUGGGUAGUUGUACCGAAAGCCAAAAUGCAACAUCUUCCACAAGUAACCCUCUGCCAGGAGCGUCGAUAGGCAUAGCGGUGCUCUCGCUUGCUUUCAUCCUGGGGUUCCCUGGCAAUGCCUUCGUAGUGUGGACCGCGAUCUGCUGGGUCCGCAAAAGAACAGUCACCUGCCUCCUCAUCCUUCACUUAGCCAUUGCUGAUCUGGCAGUGCUCCUCACCGCCCCCAUAUUCCUGCGAUUCCUAAGUGCCAAGAAAUGGGAAAUGGGUGAGGCCAUCUGCCAAAUUUGCUAUUAUAUCUGUGGGGUCAGCAUGUAUGCCAGCGUUUACCUCAUUGCCCUCAUGAGCCUCGACCGCUGCCUGGCUGUUUCCAAACCUUUCAUCUCACAGAAAAUCCGUACCAGGAGCACCAUCCGGCUUCUGGUUUUUGCUAUUUGGGUAGCGAGUCUUUUCUUAGCUGCGCCUUCUCUCGUCUACCGGAAAGUGGUCACUCGCAACGGCACAGCGUACUGCACAUUGUGCCACAAAGAAGACAAGGAGUUGGUCUUCCACAACCUCUUUGAAACCAUCACUGGAUUUCUGCUGCCCUUUGUUAUUGUUGUCUACAGCUAUGCGACGAUUAGCCAACGACUCAAGGACACCCGUUUCCGUCAGAAACGCCGGACAAGCCGACUCAUUAGCCUCAUUGUGGUAGCCUUUGCUCUUUUCUGGCUUCCUUACCACAUUGUCAACCUUUUAGAUGUGAUUGGUCUGUGGAGUGGUUCCUCAAAGGUUAAAACAGCGGGGAAGAUGGCUAGGCCCAUUCUGGUGGCUCUUGCUUUCUUCAGUAGCAGUGUCAACCCCAUCCUUUAUGCUUUCAGCGGGGGCUCCUUUAUCCGAUCAUCUGGUUUGGGUUUCAUGGCCAAACUCUUUGAAGGAACAGCCUCAGAGAUGUCCAGCCUAAAACACGGUACCAUCCGGGACCGAGAUGUCAAGACUGAACCCUUAAAUAAUGGGAAACCUGAGUUGCUAACUAUGUCUACUAACCCAACAGAUAGUGGAUCAGCUCAAGAAGGUGGAAAAUCUUUGAAGCUGCUCACAACUUGAAACUAUGGGCAAAUGUGAACAUUCAGAGUUUUGUUGUCAGCCUUCUGAUGGUCUUCUCGAGUGCUGAAGAAAUGAUUUCUCUUAACUUUCUCUAUAUCCUCUUCCGUGAUCUUUUGUAUGAGGUAGGCAGUUCCAUUUCUCACCAGUUUCAUUCUGCAACUUGGUUGUACUUUUUGGUAUGGAACUGCAGGGACUAAAACGUGAACUUCUUUUACCUGUCCUUGAACAGACUAUUUAACAUGAUGUUUAGCAAGUGUUCCCAAGGAUUGUUGCAAGCACCGUGAAACCCUCGCUGAAAAUGUGAGAAGAUGAAUCAGUGACUUUGUGUUCAUUAAGUGCUAACAUUUAGAAACCAUGCAAUACCAGGCUUGUCUACAGUCUGUCCCCACCCUAAUUCUAAGAUAUAUACAUCUAAAACCAGAGGAGGGUUUGCCCAGUUUCACUUUUACAUGCACAGAAACCCUGAAUUUCCUCUUUUUCCCCCUCAAAUCAAUUCAUACAAGCUUUUGUGGAAAGUUCCCCUCCCUGUUUUUAUGCAUCAUUUUGCAAUUGCCUUGAGAGAUGAAAUAUGUGCUUAAUGCUUUGUUUACUGCUAUUCCCUCCUGAAACUUCCCUCUUUUCUUCUUCCAUUUAACUACUUUUGUUACUAUUCUUGAACUAUUUUGUUGCCCUGUGUGUUUUCACUUUUUUACCAUAUAGAUCCAUGCUUGUAGGGAUAAAAAGGAGCUUUGAGAAACCAUGAAGUUUGAAAUUUGCUUCUUUCAGAAAGCAAUCAGCCAGAGAAAGAGGGGUCAUAAGAGGCUUAAGUCCUGAUAUCUGCAAAAGAAAGCAUUAUUCUAUCCCUCAGUAUGGCCAGUGGGAGAAUGGAAUAUUCCAGCAUUUUGACCUGUAUUUCAUAUCUACAUUGCAAUAAAAAGAACAUUUAUAUAUAAUUAACACAUGGCCAUAGAACUGGGUGCAAGGGCAAAUGUUUAAAAUGUGUGAUGAAUGUUGGGCACCACGUGCAUUUGGAAUUUAGGAUGCAUUCAAUGUGCAACAUUGUUACAGGAUCUUAUGGUGGACUUCCACAUACAAACGUUUGGUUUGCUUGUUGUGACUAGCAAUGAUCAAAGGAAAGUUUGCUUAAUGGUAAUUUAAAUUUUUGAAGUGAAGGGGCAGGAGACCAAAAGGUUGGAGAGCAAAUCAGUUUAGGCCAUGAGAUCUACCAUCUUUCCACUUCCUAAAUUAGUGUCCUCAGGAAGGGGCUGAGGGCUACUGUCUCAUAAACAGCACUGAAACAUGGGAAAAGACACAGCUGCAUUCAAGAGUUGCAGUUAGGGCUUAUCUUUCUUUCCAUUCCUGUGCACUGAAAAACAUACUUUCCAAAUGAUUUCCAAACCCUGCACAGCCCUCAGGUUUGCCUGCAGCACGUUCCCAUUUUAUUAAAGCUGAGAAAUAUUUCUUUUCCUGUCUAAAUUAACGCAAGAGGCCCCUUUGAAAUUUGACAUCUGUUUCUGCACUAACAAUUUGUAGCUUCUGAAAAGGCGGGAAAAAGGGAAAAAUUUUGGCACCUCCCCGAUUUUUGUGUGAGUCAUGCACAUUCAUAGAGAUUCAGUGCGUAACUUCAUCAGCAGGUGAGCAAUUCUGUUGCGGUUGUGUAAUCAGAAAGGAUUGUCAGAAGGAAUGUUUGAAGCAUGUCACAGCAGAAUUAACUUUCUGGUAAGAAGCAAGCAGAAAUUCAUGCAAAGGCUGGACAACCUUUGUUGAAACAACAAGAUGUUUCAUGGGUGUAUUGAAUUCAGAGCAGUUUUUCAGGAAUGUAUUUCUUUUGGCACCCUUCAGGUUCUCAUAUAACACAUUUGUAUCUCUUUAAUGUAGGAUUUAAGGGUUGUUUUCUUUUUUCUGGCAAAGGCGAAGCUUUUAUAUACUUGCCAAUAAACGAAAAAACUGGCAGAGAA